AUUAAGAUAAUAAUUAUCUAUAAUCUCGACACAUCGUCAUCAAAACCGUCUGCGMUUGCAACGCUCUAUUCACUUUUCGCWACACCGUCCGAGAGGAACGUUUGCGUUUCUAUCAUCAAUACCGUUGAGCACAGACUUCACACUCGCCUACGCCGGCCACCCCAAACGAAUCACCGACUGGAAAAUGUCCGGAAAAGUGCUACUCACCGACGACGCGGCGUACAAGGCCCUAGCCGAACACUACGCAACCAUUGGUUCGUCGUUGAACAUGAAGAAUCUGUUUGCCAGUGACAGUGAUCGUUUUGACAAGUUCAGCUUACGAUUAACUACCCCUAAUGAUGGUGACGUGUUACUUGAUUAUUCAAAAAAUCGUGUGGAUAAAAAAACUUUAAAUUUAUUGUUUAAUUUGGCAAAAGCUCGUAAAGUUGAAGAAGCUAGGUCUGCUUUGUUUAGCGGUGAGCGAAUAAAUGUAACAGAAAAACGACCAGUGUUGCAUAUUGCCUUACGUAAUCGGUCUAAUAAGCCAAUAGUAGUUGAUGGCCAAGAUGUAAUGCCAGAAGUUAAUAGUGUUCUGAAGCACAUGAAAGAAUUCACUGAAGAAGUAAUAUCACAAAAAUGGUUAGGAUACACAGGAAAACCUAUUGAAGAUGUAGUCAACAUUGGUAUUGGAGGAUCAGAUUUGGGUCCAUUAAUGGUGACAGAAGCAUUAAAACCUUAUGCUAUAGGUCCCCGUGUUCAUUUUGUAUCUAAUAUUGAUGGGACUCAUUUAAAAGAAGUAUUGAAGAAGGUUAAACCAGAAACUGUGCUAUUUAUAAUUGCUAGCAAAACAUUUACCACUCAAGAAACUAUAACAAAUGCAACAUCUGCUAAGAAAUGGUUUUUGGAAACUGCUAAAGAUGAAUCCAAUGUUGCUAAACAUUUUGUUGCUCUCUCUACUAAUAAGGAGAAAGUGACCGAAUUUGGAAUCGAUAAAUCUAACAUGUUUGGUUUUUGGGACUGGGUUGGUGGACGUUACUCACUUUGGUCAGCCAUUGGUCUUUCAAUAUGUUUAUCUAUUGGUUUCGAAAAUUUUGAAUCUUUAUUGAGUGGUGCACAUUUUAUGGAUCAACAUUUUGUCAACGCUCCGUUGGAGGAAAAUGCACCUAUUAUUUUGGCUUUAUUGGGAAUCUGGUAUCAUAACUUCCACGGUGCUGAAACACAUGCACUUCUUCCUUAUGAUCAGUACUUACAUAGGUUUGCUGCAUAUUUCCAACAAGGUGACAUGGAAUCUAAUGGAAAAUCUGUUACAUUAAAUGGUACUCCGAUUUCAUCAUAUUCUACUGGGCCCAUUGUCUGGGGUGAACCUGGUACAAACGGCCAACAUGCAUUUUAUCAACUAAUUCAUCAAGGUACUCGUCUCAUACCAGCGGAUUUCAUUGCUCCUGCUGUUACCCACAGUUGUAUUAGUGAAGGAAUUCACCACCAGAUUUUGAUGGCUAACUUUUUGGCUCAAACUGAAGCACUCAUGAAAGGUAAAACUCCAGAUGAAGCACGUAAAGAGCUUGAAGGAUCAAAUUUAGACGGUGCUGAACUUGAAAAGCUGGUUGCACACAAAACAUUUUCUGGAAAUCGUCCAACCAACUCAAUUGUAUUUAAGCAAAUAACUCCAUUUACAUUGGGAUUAUUGAUUGCUUUGUAUGAACAAAAAAUAUUUGUCCAAGGUAUUAUUUGGGAUAUCAAUUCGUUUGAUCAAUGGGGUGUUGAACUAGGCAAACAGUUAGCCAAAAAAAUUGAACCAGAACUUAAAACGCCAAACAAGAUUACUAGCCAUGAUUCAUCAACUAAUGGUCUCAUCAAUUUUAUCAAAUCCAAUUGGGCUUAAUCCAUACUGGGCUAAUCCAGUCUAAUUUUGUUAUUAUUUAUUAAAUUGUUUAUUUAGAAGGCUAGUAUUUGUGUGGAAACAAAUCAUAUUUUUAUCAUUUGUUUAAUUGUUGUGUAAUAAAUUAUUAGAAUUUGAUUUUAAAUCACUUUA